AUGUCAUUCACAGGAACUACAGAUAAAUGCAAGGCUUGUGAUAAGACUGUUUAUGUGGUUGACAUGUUAACUCUUGAAGGAAUCUGGCAAUUUCAGCAAGAACUUUCAAACAGGUACAAAUUAUUAUGCACCUGUCACUUUCUAUUGACUUGGCUAACAUGUUAUGUUGUUUUUCAUGAACAAAAUUGCGGCACAGCAAAGUCUUCUGAUAAACAAAAUGAGACGCAUAAGACCCCCAACAGACUCUCAUCCAUGUUCAGUGGAACUCUAGACAAAUGCUCAGUUUGUUCAAAAACAGUCUAUCCUCUGGAAAAGAUGACACUUGAAGGGGAAUGCUAUCACAAGAAUUGCUUCAGAUGUGCUCAUGCAGGUUGCCACCUCACACAUUCCUCCUAUGCUGCCCUGGAUGGUGUCCUCUACUGCAGGCAUCAUUUCCAACAACUUUUCAUGGAGAAAGGGAACUACCAUCAUGUACUCCAAUCUGCUAACCACAAGAAGAAUGCCACACAAUCUCCUGAUGAACCUGCUGAACCUGCAGCUGAAGGAGAAGAAGAGCCUCCAAAGCCAGAAGAAUCUGAUUCUGAGAAACACACAGAAGAAAAGCCUCAAAAUGAAGCAUAGGAAACAUGAGUUGCUUCCUCCCUUUUUUUCAGGGAUCCUACUAUUGAAAGGUGUUUUUGUUAAGUGUUGUUGGCACACUCUUUUUGUCUGGUUGAAUUUCACUGUCUAACAUUUUUUUUUCCUUACAAAUUAG